AUGGCGCCGCCCACUUUUGCUGGUAUGUCCGGGCGGAAACUGUCCUGGACUGUAUCAACCAUAGCGACUAUGGGGUUUUUGCUGUUUGGUUAUGAUCAGGGUGUGAUGUCUGGCAUCAUCUCUGACCCGUCAUUCAACAAUGUCUUUAAAGCAACCAAAGGCGACAACACCAUGCAAGCGACUGUGACAGCCGUUUAUGAAGUCGGUUGUCUGUUCGGCGCUAUCUUCGCCUUGAUCUUCGGCGAGAUCCUCGGGCGCCGGAAAAUGGUCAUCUGCGGCGCAUCGGUGAUGAUCGUUGGAGUGAUUAUCCAAGUCACGUCAUUCCCAGGCUCACUUCCUCUGCUCCAGUUCAUCUUCGGCCGUGUCAUCACUGGAAUUGGCAAUGGAAUGAAUACGUCAACCAUCCCGACGUAUCAAGCCGAAUGUUCCAAAACGAGCAAUCGAGGUCUGCUGAUCUGCAUCGAGGGAGGCAUUAUUGCUAUUGGGACCAUGAUCGCCUACUGGAUCGACUUUGGCGCACACUACGGGCCAUCAGACCUGGUCUGGCGGUUCCCGAUCGCCUUCCAAAUUGUUUUUGGCAUCGUGAUUAUCGUGGGCAUGGUGCAUCUCCCCGAGUCGCCACGGUACUUGAUUGCGCAGGAUCGUAUCGCGGACGGCGAGAAGGUCCUGGCCGCACUGGCAGGUACGGAGAUCAAUGACCAUCAUACACAGCUGGAGAAGCAUUUGAUCAUUGACUCGGUCCGAGCGUAUGCACCCCCUACUUCGCACAUCACAUUUUUCACAGCUGACAUGCGGUCCAGUUCCGGUGCGGAAAAGGCCAGAUUCAGAGACCUCUUCACCGGAGGACCAUCGCAGCACUUCCGCCGGAUGAUUGUUGGUUCGUCCUCGCAGGUUUUCCAGCAGAUCUCCGGUUGUAAUGCAGUCAUCUACUACCUGCCGGUCCUUCUGGAAGACUCAAUCGGCCAAUCGCACGACUUCGCUCUGCUCAUCGGUGGCGUCAACAUGAUCUGCUACGCGAUCUUCGCCACAUUCUCCUGGUUCUUCAUCGAAAAGAUCGGCCGGCGCAAGCUCUUCCUCGGAGGAAGUUUCGGCCAGUGCGCAGCGAUGAUUAUCGUCUUCGCGUGCCUAAUCCCUGGCGACGCGCAGACAGCCAAGGGCGCAGUCUUCGGUCUCUUCCUGUACAUGUGUUUCUUCGGCGCGACCUGGCUCCCCCUCCCAUGGCUAUAUCCUGCCGAACUCUCCCCUCUCAAAACCCGCGCAAAGGCAAACGCCAUCUCAACCUGCAACAACUGGCUCUUCAACUUCACCGUCGUCAUGAUCACCCCCGUGAUGAUCGAGCACAUCGGCUGGGGCACGUACCUCUUCUUCGCGGCCUGGAAUGCCUUCUUCAUCCCCGUCAUCUGGUUCUUCUACCCCGAAACCGCGGGCCGGAGUCUCGAGGAAAUCGAUCUGAUUUUCGCCAAGGGCCACGUGGAGAAAAUGAACUACGUGCGUGCUGCGAGGGAGCUGCCGCGGCUUUCGGACGAGGAGAUCGAGGCCAAGGCCGCCGAGUAUGGGAUUCUGGACAAUAAUGAGAAGUCUGAGGAGAGAGUUAUGGAGACGGAUCCGGCGGCGACGGCGGAGUUUUCAUCUUUCCAGCCUACUCAGCUAUAA